AAACGUUUCCGAGCUCUCGAGGUGGGAAAUCUCGUGGAAUCUGCUUGCGAAGGGGUAUCGUCUCGCGUUUCCUCCCCCGACCUGCUGCCUCGAGCGAGCGACCACAGACGAGGCGGGAGUCCUCGCCGGCGGCCCGAGCAGCCUACCGCUCGGGUUCUUGUUGGGGUGGACGAGUUGCCUCCAUCUUGGGAUCCGGUUGUCACGCCUAACUUCGGUCAGGCUACCAAUAUUGGGCCUUAGUGUGGUGACAAGUAGUGUGGUGAAUGAGCAGUGUGGUGACAGCACUUUAUAGACCAGGUCAGGCUACCAAUAUUGGGCCUUAGUGUGGUGACAAGUAGUGUGGUGAAUGAGCAGUGUGGUGACAGCACUUUAUAGACCAGAGUAGUGAAGAUGUGGCGGCGGCCGCAAGCUGUCCUGUUUCGCGUCUUGCCAGUGAACCUGUCACCAGCGGCAUGGGCCAGUGGUGGGGCGAGCUACCAUGGCUCCUCACCAGAAGGGGGGAAGGCAAAGGCGGCUCCUUUGCAGGCACGUGGGAUGGUGGACAGGUUCCGGCUACUUGCCAGGGGUGGCGAUGGUGGCAAUGGCUGCAUCAGCCAAAGGCGCUCCAGGUCUGACCGCCAAGGGAGGCCCGAUGGUGGCGAUGGAGGAACAGGUGGUAAUGUCAUUCUUGAGUGCUCAAGAUCUGUCUGGGAUUUCAGUAACUUGCAACAUCACACGAAAGCAGUCCGAGGAGGCAAUGGACUUUCUAAGAAACAGAUAGGGACAAGAGGUCCUGACAAGGUCGCACAAGUACCAGUUGGCACAGUGAUUCAUCUAGUCCGAGGGGAGCGACCGUCUUUCACUGUAAAUAAACCGACCAGAUCUCUAGAUCCCUGGGAUAUUCCAGAUGCUGUGGAUGCCUCUGCAGACAGUUCCAAUCAGAAGAACAAGGAUGACAUUGAUGGAAAUGAAGCUGAAAGAGAAAGUAGCAAUCAGUGGGAGAAGCAAACAUACCCUAGUACAUGCUCCAAGACUGGUUUUUCGAAAGCUGAAGAUAGUGAUGCAAGUAGCUUUCAACAUCAGGUCGAGUUGGAUGAAAAUGAUCAGUUUGAUGACGACGAUGAAGAAUUUUGGGAGGAUGAAGACGAGACAGAGGAAGAGGCUCUAGAUGCAGAUGAGGAGAAGGAAGAAGAUGACAUACAGUAUUCUGUUGCUGAAAUGACAAGACCUGGGCAACGGUUGAUCGUAGCACAUGGAGGGGAGGGUGGGCUAGGGAAUGCUUCUAUCGGCAGGGACGUCCGUCUAUCCAAAGGAAAUAGACAAGAGGAGGUAGCCUGUUUAAGUACUGGACAGCCAGGAACAGAGUCUUUUCUUGUCUUAGAACUGAAGAGCAUUGCUGAUGUUGGCCUCGUUGGUUUGCCUAAUGCUGGAAAGAGCACACUUCUGAGUGCUCUCUCUAGGGCUCGCCCGGAGAUCGCUGACUAUGCAUUCACCACACUAAGGCCCAAUAUUGGUAGCCUAACCUACGACGACUACUUGUCAGUGAAAGUUGCUGACAUACCUGGUCUUAUCAAAGGUGCACAUGAGAACCGUGGCCUGGGCCAUGCCUUCUUGAGGCACAUUGAGCGCACCAAAGUUCUGUCCUAUGUGCUUGACCUGGCAGCAACACUCAACGGUAGGAAGGGUAUCCCACCAUGGGAGCAGCUACGCGAUCUGGUUGUGGAGCUAGAACAUUACCAAGAAGGCAUGACAAAGCGUCCAUCGUUGAUUGUCGCAAACAAAAUAGAUGAAGAGGGAGCUGACGUGAUGUAUGAAGAACUGAAGUUGAGAGUGCAAGGUGUUCCGAUAUUUCCAGUGUGUGCCAUCUUGCAAGAGGGAGUACCUGAUCUGAGAGUUGGCCUGAGAGACCUUAUGGAUGCCUUGGAUCCGCAAGGCGUCGAUCUGAGCAAAGUUAUUGUAGACUAAAAGGCUGUGCCCCUCCUUGGAGAAAAAUUGCUCUAAUUUUCUGUGUUGCAGAAUAGACCAUCCAGCGUUUUAGGAAAUUCAGUAUCAUAAUAACUAAGGGUAACCAGUAUGUAUGCUUUGGUCUUUCAUAGGAACAGCAAAUGCGUACUACCAGAAAGGUUCAUUCAAGUGCUAUUCCUAGUGUCUGAAACAUUAAUAUGCCUUUUUCUGGAAAUAAAGAUAAUUUGAUUUGCAUUUA